AUGAAGUUUUCCGUCACCUUGGCCACCCUUGCCGCCAUCGUUUCGAUGGUGGUGGCGGCUCCCGCUCGCACCCUUGAAGCCCGUCAAUACGGAGGCAAUACCUACAACCAGCUGACAGACGGCACGCCUUGCCGGGACAUAACCGUUAUCUACGCUCGCGGAACUACCCAGGACGGAAACGUCGGCGACCCUGCGGCGGUCGGACCGCUCAUCUUCAACGCCCUCGCCGGCAUUGUUGGUACCGACAGGCUGGCAGUCCAGGGAGUUACGUACGCAGCCAACAUUUUGGGCUUCCUCCUGGGCGGAGACCCCAACGGGGUCAAGGUCAUGAAGAACCUCACGGAAACGGCUGCUACCAAGUGCCCCAACACCAAAAUCGUCCUCUCAGGCUAUAGUCAGGGAGCACAGGUCGUGCACAAGACCGCAGGCGUCUUGUCCGCGGAUGUUGCUAGCAAGAUUACUGCUGUUCUUACCCUUGGCGACCCGUACCAAAAACGCACCCUGGCCAACAUUCCUGCCUCCAAGUGGAGAGUCAUCUGCCACGAGGGUGAUAACAUUUGCGCCGGAGGCAUUAUUGUCAACGAUCCGCACAAGAACUAUCAGCUUGAUGCCCAGGAUGCCGCAUCUUGGAUCGCUUCAAUGGUCGCCUAGCCUGGAUCGCAAGGGUGUUUUCUUUUCUAGUGA